GUUAUCAGUAUGGUCACAUCGUGUGUAGUGUUAGCUGUUGUGCUAUGUGCACUAGCAGUUGUCGCUGUCGAUAGACUGCAUCCACUCUCUGAUGAAUAUAUACAAGAGAUUAAUUUGAAGCAAAACUCUUGGAAAGCCGGCAGAAAUUUUGGACCUAAUAUCUCUUUGUCAUACAUUAGAUAUCUACUGGGCGUACGCAUUGAUGAAAUUAUUAGUUUACCAAUAAUGAAACAUGACGCCGAACUUAUUGCAAGUCUUCCGGAGACCUUCCACCCGAGUGACAAAUGGCCAAACUGUCCUUCCUUAAACGAGAUCAGAGACCAAGGUGUGUGCGGCAGCUGUUGGGCGUUUGGUGCUGUAGAAGCCAUGACGGACCGGUACUGUAUACACUCCAAUCAGACACAAAAUUUCCAUUUCUCAGCUCAAGACCUUUUGAGUUGUUGUGAAUAUUGUGGGUCGGGUUGCAAUGGAGGUUCACCACAGUCAGCUUGGCUCUACUGGAAGUACUAUGGUAUUGUGUCAGGAGGAAAUUACAACUCAAGUUUGGGCUGUCAGCCAUACGGAAUCGCUGCCUGUGAACACCACGUACCAGGCCCGUUGCCACAGUGUAACGGUUCAGUUCCCACUCCAAAAUGCGAAAAGUCUUGUGAAUCUGGUUACGAUACAGAAUACGAAACGGACAAACGCCGCGGUAAAGAAGUUUAUGCAUUAAGAUCUAACGAGGAAGACAUAAAAGCUGAACUAUUCAAAAAUGGUCCUGUUGAAGCUAGCUUUGGUGUAUACUCAGAUUUUCCUCAUUAUAAGCAUGGAGUUUAUGUAAAAUUACCAAACGCCACACGUCUUGGAGGACACGCUAUUAAAAUAUUAGGUUGGGGAGUGGAGAAUGGUCAGAAGUAUUGGCUUGCUGCUAACUCUUGGAAUUCAGACUGGGGCGAUAAAGGAUUCUUUAAAAUACUACGCGGAGAAAACCACUGCGGUAUAGAAAAUGGAGUUGUAGCAGGUAUACCCCUUAUACAAUGAAAUGCAUUGUGAAAAAAUGAAUAAUUUGCAUUAUUGUUUUAACAAUAAACAAAUGGGCAUAUA